AUGGCAUCAUUUGUCCUAGCUGCUUACCAUCAAUCCGGGCCGUAUAAGUUCACUUCAGCCAACCAAUUUAAAGACUCUAGCUCGCGCUUAAGCUCUGCCAACCUCCACAAUCCUGUAAGUGUGAAGGAGAAGAUGGAAGAGUUUCUUACCAUCAGUGCGCAGAAACACGGCACUAUGGAUUCAAAGGCCCCAAAAAACAUUGGCGUAUGA